CGAGGUGGGCUCUGACCCUGCUCUGGUCCCGGCCCCCGGCCCUGGCAGGCCGCUGGGGUGACUCACACCGAAAUGGGGAAGGAAGAGGCGAAGAGCAGUGGGACGGAGCCUGGGCAAUAUAGGGCAGGACGGGAAGCGAACGUGCACAGAGAAUGGGAGUCUGUCUGGGAACUGGGGCCCCUGAGAGAUUGUGUGGCAAGAUGGGGCGCCUUCUGAGCCUGGUCCUGCUGGGGCUGCUCUACAAAUCCUCCUCCGCCGAGCCGAUCCUGACCGCGCCCCACUCGCUGGCGGGCACCUGGAAAGGGACGGUGCGGAUGCCCUGCUCCUACGUGCCGGAGAGCGGCUACACGCAGAUCUCGGUGGAGUGGACCGUGCUGAGGAACUACCACCCCGCCACCGUAUUCCUGAGGGACUCUUCGGGGGACCACGUGCAGCAGACCAAGUUCCGGGGCCGCCUGGAGGUGAGCCGGCAGCCCCCCGGGGACGUGGCCCUGACCCUGAACCCUCUAGAGAUGGACGACCAGGGCUACUACGUGUGCGCGGUCACCUGGCAGGACCAGGCUGGCCACCUCAUCAAGGCGGAAGCCACCAUCGACGUGCGCGUCCAGAAAGUGGCCGCCACAAAACCCACAGUGACCACGGGGUCCGGAUCCGGCUUCACCGUGCCGCAGGGCAUGCGGGUCAGCCUCAAGUGCCAGGCGGACGGGUCUCCGCCCAUCUCCUACAAGUGGUUCAAGGGAGAGCCCGGGGGCAACGUGGUCCUGGUCAACGAGCUGGGCGGCCUCCUCUUCAAGCCGGCUGUGGUGUCGGACACCGGCUCCUACUUCUGCAGAGCCAAGGGGCGCGUGGGGGCGGAGCAGCAGAGCGACGUGGUGCACUUUGUGGUCACAGACCCCAAGAAGCCAGCUGUGACCAAGCUCCCCACUGCAGGGCUGGAGACAGAGAAGACAGCACUCAGCUCAGUAACUCAUCCCACCACCCCAGCGGCUUCACCUGGAGAAACCACGACCGAGAUCCCUAGCAACCCCUUGGAGGUGAACACCGGGCCAGUAACCCGCCGGCCACACACGGAGAAUGCGACCAGGACAACCAAGACAACCUCACCUCCUGGACAUCCCUGGGGGACCAGCGUUGGAUCAGGUCUGACCUCACUGAGCCCCGAGGGCCAUGUGGGCCACCCGGGCCCCGCCAGCAAAAGGACAGGUGACUUGGGACUGCCCUUCUUCGCCAUCAUCCUCAUCGCAGUUCUGUGCUGCGCGCUGCUGUCCAUGCUGGUGUCCAUACUGUUCUGCAGGGGCAGAUCGCGUGGCGGGCACAUUUAUGAAGUGGCCAGGCUGAGCAGCGCGGGUGGGCCCCGGGUCAGCAUCUACAAGGGCGCGGACCAUCCAGAGGCAGAAGCAAACGACUACACCGUGGCACCGGAACUUCACCCCGUGGCCGGAGGUGACUAUGCCCAGCUGCUGCCCGCCAUCGAGUCAGAAUACGAGCUGGCAGAAGGCAGAACGAUCUGAGACCGGCGACCUGGAGCCAGGGCCCGGGCUGCCGUGGAGUUGGGGAGGACACGGCUCUCCACUCCCACUCUCCACCCCCUACCACCUUCCCAGCCCCCACCUUCUCCCACCGUCCCCCACCUUCCUGCCUGGCCCAAGACCCCUGGGGCGGGGGUGAGGCCGGGCCGGCCUGACUUUCUGUCCUUUGCUUCCUCUCUGAGCGGUCCAGGAGUCUGCGGCAGAGACCCCGGCCCCCAGACCCGCCUGCCCUCCAGAGCAACUCCCGCUGGCUGGCACCAUGCACUAAGCUAAAGUCUCGCUCUGGGACAGGGAGCAGGGACGCAAAGCCAUCAGCUUCAGCCUGUGUCCGUGCUGGGCAGGAGCCAGCCCAGCUGACCUGCUCUGCCUAGCCCCACGUCCACGCUCAAUAAAAACUGGAGAACCCAGUGGCCCCCUGCCAUCCCCACUGUCA